AUGGUAGCACCACUAUUAAUUGCUUUUUGUGUAGGUUGUGGAACUUUUGUAUGUAAAAAAAUCCAUGAUGCUUAUGAAAAUAAUCAAAGAACUAAACGAGAUAAGUAUGGUUUAAAAUCUAAGGCUAUUGAUGCCGCCAAAGAAGAUAAUAAAAAAGCUCAGGAAGAAAGUGUUGAGUUAAAGAAAAAGUUAGAAGAUUUAGAACAAAAAAUUAAUCAAAGAAACACUGAAAUACAAAACCUCCAAGAAAAACUAAAAGAUCCUAAAAUUUCUAGCCAAGAAAGAGGAGAAUUAGAAGAAAAAUUGGCUAGUCUUUUAGCCAGCCAAGAAGAUGACAAAAGAGGAAAAAAUAAAAUCCUUGACAACUUAAAAAAGUUAGAAGAAAGAAUCAAAAAAAAUAAUGAAACCAUUAAUAAAGCUGGUUUAAAUCCCGAUGACAAACACUGA